GGCAGACACUCAGAUAGUAAUUAUUCCACAAAUCAGAUAAACUGGUAAACAACAUAAAAUAAUCUAUUUAGCACUGGCUGCUUCAAAAACAAUCUACCCAUAAUUAAAAUUAAAAUUCCAUUGUGAGCGGAGUAAAAUUCGACAAGAGGAAUUUUCUCCCCCAAACUGAACCCUGAAUCUAUAUAUAUUUUCAUGUGAAAAUGACACGACAUGCACGAAAUUGUACUGCUGGAGCUGUUUACACGUAUCACGAGAAGAAGAAAGAUGCUGCAGCCUCUGGUUACGGAACACAGAGCGAGAGAGUCGGCAAAGAUUCCGUGAAGAAUUUUGAUUGUUGCAGUUUAACUUUACAACCUUGCAGAAAUCCAGUUGUCACCAAAGAGGGUUAUUUGUUUGAUAAAGAAGCUAUCCUGGAGUACAUUGUUUCGAAAAAGACAGAAUACACUCGAAAACUAAAGCAUUAUGAGAAACAAUUGAAGAAGGAGGAUGCAGAGAAAGCAGAGUUAGCAGCAGCAGAAAAGGAGGCAAAAUUGAUAAAGUUUAUGAAUAGGGAAAAGAAUAUAUCCUCUAACAGUGGCUCUAAGUCUUCUGUGAAUGCACCUUCAACGUCAACCUCAAGCUCAGUUUCUAACCUGGCGAAUGGUAAAGAUAAGGAACUGCCAAGUUUCUGGGUGCCAUCACAGCUACCUGAUGCUAAGGUAUCCAAGCUUGAGAAACCAGAUCCAACAGUGUACUGCCCUAUUAGUAGUAGACCAUUAAAAAUGAAGGAUCUAAUUGAAGUGAAGUGGACUUUAGUGAAUGAUCCUGAUGACAAGAAGUCACUUAUAGCCAAGGAGAAUAGAUAUAUGUGUCCAGUUACACAUGACAUCUUGAGUAAUGCUGUGCCAUGCGCUGUUAUCAGAACAACUGGCCAUGUUGUCACAAUGGAAUGUGUAGAGAAGAUCAUAAAGAAGGACUGGCUCCAUCCACUCUCUGGAGAUAAACUGAAAGAGAAGGACAUCAUACCCAUGCAGAGAGGUGGCACUGGAUAUGCCCUCACUAAUCAGAAUUUAGAAGGGAGGAAUGAAAGACCUGUAUUACAGGCUUAGAAUUAUUUACUUAGCAAUAAAUAAUAGUAACCCAAGACAAUACACAUAGCGCCAUCUAGUUCCAAACUAACUAGACUAUUAUGGGUCCUAAACAACUUAGAGAAAUACUUUUUAUACAUAAACAGCAUAUAUAGAAAACACCCAGUACACCCAUACUA